CUUCGCAGGCCCUUCUAGGUUCUCCCGCUUACGGUGAGAGACGGUGCGGAACCUCCACGAUCCUGCAGAUUCCGAGCUGUCUUUCACAUGAUGAAUCUGACAUUUAAAGGUGUGCGGAUGAGUUCUUUAUAGGAUAGCAGUACAAGAAGAGUUUAUUUUUCUUCCUGAAAGCUAUACUUUCAGAGAUUUCAACAUUUUUCCAAGAAAGACCAGCAAAUUAUGAAGAAAUCCUAUGGAUCCUUAUCAUUUGAGGAUGUGACUGUGGGCUUCUCCCAGGAAGAGUGGCAGCACCUGGACCCUGCCCAGAGGACCCUGUACAGGGACGUGAUGCUGGAGAACUACAGCCACCUUGUCGCAGUGGGGUGCUGCGUCCCUAAACCAGACGUGAUCUUCAGGCUGGAACAAGGACAGCAGCCAUGGCUCGUAGAGGAAGAGUCCCUAGACCAGAUCUGGCCAGGUGAGUUAGUAUGUGUUAAACGGAUGGACACCCGAUGGCAUGAAGUCUGCAGAGUUGAUAACCAACUAGAACAGAAUCAAGAAAUCCAGCACAGACAUUUCUGGCAGGCUCCAUUUAUCAACAACAAAACACUGACUGUACACAGAGGUAAUGUAUUAGGAAACAUUUUUAAUUUCAGCACAGACAGCAUUCCUUCCAUAAAAAUACCCUGUAAAUGUGACUCAUGUGGUAUGAAUUUGAAAUGUAUUUCAGAAUUAAUUAUUAAUAAGAAAAACUAUUUAAGUAAGAAGCCUGAUGACCUCAAUCCAUGUGGGAAAUUGUUCCUUCAUAGUAACCCUGAAAAAACUCAAAUGGGGGAGAAACCUUGUGAAUUCAUUCAGAAUCAAAAAUAUGUAAGUCGUAAUGAAGAUUUCAUUCCAUAUCAGAAAAUUAAAAAUGUACAACAAUGCUUAAUUCAAAGGAAUAAGGAAUAUGAGGAAUACGGGAAAGAGUUCCAUGAGAAGGCACUUGUCCCAUAUAACCAAGCUUGUAUAGGAGAGAGUCCUCGUGAACAUAAUGAAUUUGAUAAAACGUUCUGUAAUAAUGCAACCCUCGUAGUCUGUAAGAUAGCACAAAGAAUGGAAAAUCUUCAUGAGUUUAAUGAAUACGGUAAAACAUUUGAGAAGUCCUCCCUCUUGAAACCUAGAGUUCAUUUAAAGGUGAAGGGUUAUGAGUACAUUGAUAGAGUGGUUAGUUUCAAUAGGAGAUCAGACUUCCCUGACACAGGAGAUAGAGUAUUUGAAUAUAACAACUUGGGAGAACCUUUCUGGGAGAAGUCCGUUCUUAAUAUAACUCCAAGAACACACGUAGGAGACAAAGUCCAUGAAUGUAACGAAUGUGGAAAAGCAUUCUGCAAAAAGUCAAAACUCACCAAACACCAGAAAAUACAUCCAAGAGAGAAACCAUAUGAAUGUAAGGAAUGUGGGAAAUGCUUCUCUCGGAAAUCCCUCCUCACUUUACAUCAGAGAAUCCACACAGGAGAGAAACCCUACGAAUGUAAGGCCUGUGGGAAAUGCUUCUCUAGGAGUUCACACCUCAUAAUUCAUCAGAGGACUCACACAGGAGAGAAGCCCUAUGAAUGUAAGGAAUGUGGGAAGUGUUUCUACCAUAAGUCCUAUCUCACAGUACACCAGAGGAUUCACACAGGGGAGAAGCCCUAUGAAUGUAACCAAUGUGGAAAAACCUUCAUAAGCAACUCAGUCCUCACAAUACAUCAGAAAACACACACAGGCGAGAAACCCUAUGAGUGUCAUCAGUGUGGGAAAUUCUUCUCCAGAAACUCGUACCUUACAGUACAUCUGAGAACUCACACAGGGGAGAAGCCCUACGAAUGUGAGCUCUGUGGGAAAACCUUCUGUCACAAGUCAGAUGUCACGAAACAUGAGAAAACUCACAUAGGGGGAAAACCCUAUGGAUGUAAUCAGUGCGGGAAAACCUUUAGUCGUAACUCGGGCCUAAAAGUUCAUCAGAGAACUCACACAAAGGAGAAACCCUAUGAAUGUAACGAGUGUGGGAAAUCCUUUUCUGAGAAAUCAGUUCUCACAGUACAUCAGAGGAUACACACAGGCGAGAAACCUUACAAGUGUAAUGAAUGUGGGAAAACCUUCUACAAUAAAUCGGACCUCACUAAACACCACAGAACUCACACAGGUGAGAAACCCUAUGAAUGUAAGGAAUGUGGGAAAUUCUUCUCUAGGAAUUCAUACCUUACAGUACACCAGAGAAGUCAUACAGGGGAGAAACCCUAUGUAUGCAAAAAAUGUGGGAAAACUUUCUACCUUAAGCCAGACUAUAUAGUACAUAAGAGAACACACAGAGGGGAGAAAUCCUAUCACUGUAAUCAGUGUGGGAAGACUUUCACUUGCAGUUCAGUCCUCAGAUCACAUCAGAGGACUCACACAGGUGAGAAGCCCUAUGAAUGUAACGAGUGUGGGAAAUCAUUUUCAGAGAAAUCUGUUCUCACUGUACAUCAGAGGAUACACACAGGGGAGAAACCUUAUAAGUGUAACGAAUGUGGGAAGUCCUUCUAUCAUAAGUCAGAUCUCACUAAGCAUCAGAGAACACACACAGGAGAGAAACCCUAUGAGUGUAAGCAUUGUGGGAAAACCUUCAGUUGCAACUCAGGCCUCAAAGUACAUCAGAGAAGACACGUAAGAGAGAAACCCUAUGAAUGUAUUGAGUGCGAGGUAACUGCCAAGAAAUCAGUUAUCACAGUACAUCCAAGGUUACACACAGAGGAAGAAAACUAGUAAAUAUAGCAGUGAGAGGAAUCUUUCUCUCGUGAGUCAUACCUCAAAAUACCAUGGAAAAUUUACAAAGGACGUGACUCAAAGAAUGUAAAGAAUGGCAAAUCUCUUGCCAGAAGUCAUCUUCCAGAGCAAACGAGAAUACUCAUAGGGGAAAACACUCUGAAUUUGAUGAAUGUUUGAAAAUCUGAUGUAAAUAAGACAACUAAAAAUGACUGCAUGUGGAAGAAAGCCUACUGAUACGUGUAGGGAGUAUGGGGGAUUAUUUUAUUAUGAAUUAGAGCUUAUUAAACCAAGAAUUUAUAUAGGGGGUAAUCCUGUCAAUCAAAGAUAUGAAAAUGUUCUUCCAGAAUUUGGCCAUUAGUAAUCAGACCACAUUUGGGAAAAACUGUCAGCAUCUUACAUUUUUUUUGAGACCUUCGCCCACAAGUUGUACUCAUUUGUAGGUCAGAGGAGUAAUAGGGGGGAUACCCAAAGAAUGCAGCAGACGUAGUUGAGCAACUUUAUCAGAAAUGCCCUUUGUUGAGCAACACAAUUGAUAGUGAGAGGAAGUCCUAAACGUGUUUUGAAUGUACAGGCUUUAACAAAAUUCAGACUUUAUUAUAUCUGAAGAUUGUAUUGAAGGAAGUAUGUCUUUAGGAAAUAUGGACAGAAAUUUUCCUUUAGAUCUCUUAUCCCUAAAGUUAUGCUUUUCUCUGA